CACGUCAGACAGAAAGAGGCAGCUACAGCGAGAAAGUCAUCGUUAGUGUGGGUGUGUUCUCUGUUCUUCCACCCCGUUCGACAAAACAAGCAAAAAUGUGGAACUUUCGAGUGUUUUUCAUCGCCAUCGUUCUAUCCGCCAUCAGUGUAAACGACAUUUUAGCCUACGUCGAGGCUGUCGCCGGAUCAUUCGGAUCGGAUGUGGCUCCCAUUAAGGUGGAGCCCCAAGUGGCCGUCAUCUGCGACGUCCGCAACCCGCUUCAUCCGCAGUAUAUGGACUCGACCGGAAAGUGGGUCUCGGAUUUGGAGAAUAAAAACUCUUGUCUGAAGGACAAGAUUGAAAUCCUCGAUUUCUGUCGCAAGGCAUACCGUGGUCGUAACAUUACCAACAUCGUCGAAGCCCCGCGAUCUGUCAAGAUUGACAACUGGUGCAAACUUGGACACCGUAAAUGCAAGACGGCGCAGUCUGUGAAACCCUACCGCUGUCUGGAAGGAGCAUUCCAGAGCGAAGCCCUGCUCGUGCCCGAACAGUGCGUCUUUGAUCACGUCCACAAUGCGAGCCGUUGCUGGUCGUACGACGAAUGGAACGCCACAGCCGCCGCUGCCUGUUCGGCUCGCGAUCUCAAACUACGAUCCUUUGCCAUCCUGUUGCCAUGCGGAGUGGAUCUCUUCUCUGGCGUCGAGUUUGUUUGCUGUCCGAGGGCCGCCAAUUUGGACGACGUCUCUCCCGUUGCCAAAUCGUUGAAAACGGAAUCGUCCAAGGACGACGAAGAUGACGACGACGACGAUGAUGAAGAUGACGACGAUGACGACGAUGAUGUCGACGACGACGACGAUGUGGCCGCAACUCCCGUUGAAGAUAAAUUGGACGAUAAAAAGAGCAAGACCAUUGACGUGAAUGAUGAUGAUGAUGACUACGACGAGGAUGAUGAAAACGACGUCGAUAGCGCCGAAGACGAUGAUUUGACCUCCACCACAGCGUCGACCACAACGACGACGACCACCACCACCACUACCACCACCACACCGAAACCUAAAGCAUCGCCCACUCCUGAUCCUUAUUUGACUCACUACAAUCCGAAAAAGGAACGCGACGACUUCCUCGACGCCGAACAGCGUCUCGAAGAGAGGCAUAGAGAACGUGUUACCAAGAUCAUGAAGGAUUGGUCCGAGUUGGAGGACCGUUACCAAGACUUACAUUCCACUGAUGCCAAAGGCGCUGAAGAAUUCAAACACAAGAUGACUAACCGAUUCCAGAAGUUGGUGAAAUCAAUGGAAGACGAAGAUGUCAUGGAGAAACGUCAGCUGUCAGCUGUUCACCGACAACGCGUUUUGGCCGCCAUCAACGAGAAGAAGCGUGACGCCAUGACGUGCUAUACGGACGCGUUGAACGAGAACCCUGCCAACACGCAUCGCAUUCAAAAGUGCCUGGAGAAGUUGCUUCGCGCCUUGCACAAGGACCGUCACCACAGCAUCAGCCACUUCCGCCACCUGCUCAACAUCAAUCCCAGUCAGGCCCAGCGGGAAAAGGAUGCCACUAUUCAACAUUUGAAUGAUAUUGAGAGGCUCACCAAUCAAAGCCUGCAGAUGCUCGACAGGUUCCCAGACAUUCAAGCCAAGGUUGUGCCGCUGAUGAAGGAUUAUUUGCUGGCCCUGCGGUCGAAAGAUGAUACACCAUCUCCUCUACUAAUGACCUCCCGCACGUCUGAGGAGGAUGUGCUCGAUAGUUUCAAGGCUGAAAUCGUUGCGAAACAAGCGGAAAAGGAACGCCAACGCCAAGCUGAAAAGGCCCGCAAGGAAGACGAACGCCGGCGCGAUGAACGCAAGAAAAUGGAAUCAAAGAACAAGAAACAAAACCAGCUGGACUCUAGCGCCGAGGAAACGGUCAAGGACGAUUCGAUGGUCAAACAAGAAGCGAUGACAUCCACUGCCACACCCAAGCAACGCCAGCCAAUGGGUGACAAGAUGAAGCCCAAGAUGAUCAAGGAGGAAGUGAUUAAGAAGGACAAGAUGAAGGAGAAGAAGGCCAAGGAAGAAUUGCCUCCAUACGUUGACGCCCAGGCUGUCCAGCAUAUGCAGGAGCGACCCAAGGUGGCGCAUGCACAAAACCACCAAAUUGCCCAUAACGAAGCUGGUUUCUCUGUCCGCCAUGAAUCCGGUCAUCGCGAGAACCGUUCCGUUUACUUCACCCUGGCUUUUGCUGGAGUGGCUCUUUUGGCUGCCAUGGUGGUCGGUCUCGUCUUACUGAAGAGGCGACAUGCUCGCUCUCCUCACCAACAGGGUUUCAUUGAGGUAGAUCAAACUGUAACGCCGGAGGAAAGGCACGUAGCCAACAUGCAGAUCAAUGGAUACGAAAAUCCAACCUACAAAUAUUUUGAAGCCAAGGAAUGAGACAAUAAUAGCUAGACAGGAUUUUUUUUUAUUUGUCUUAAAAAAAGGGAGAAUUUCAUAGCAAUUCCACGUCCAACAAAAAAAAAAUCCGCUUAUCAUCUCUCGCAAGUCUUGUCCGGAUAGUUCAUUCUUCUUUUUUAUUUUUCCAUCUUCUUUUUAUUAAUAUUAUUUUCUUAACAAUCCUCUUGCGGGGCUUCUACAUAAUAACACUAAUUAUGUCUACUUACCCAACUUAUAAGGUCGAGAUUACGUCACUGUUUUAACAUAAGUAGUACUUUUCAUGUCGUGCGUUUUCCUCGUCUACUUUCACCCCUUUCCCGCCCUCCUACAUUCUCGUGUCCUUUGCCUUCUUCGUUUCUGUAUAUCGUGCUUCUCUUCUUACUAGGCGUCAUGACCCCCCUCUCCACCCAUUUCUUUGUACACCGAACGGCAACCGUCGUAUUUUUCGGGAUUGAGAUUUUCUUUUUAUUUUUUUGUCAACUUAAAAACUACUUUCCGCGAUAUUUUUUAUUACUGGGCAACUAAAAGAGAAAAAAAACUAAAUCCACCCAGUGUGGCCCAGCACGCGUGCGCUUUUAUUCCCUCUUGUUCACACGCGUUCAUCUUUUUUCAUUUACCCUCGUUUUUCCUUUUUGCGUUUGGCGUAGGUCGACGUUCGCCUCUCGUCGUUUCAUCUUCGGAAACGCUUUCAUUGAGGCCCAUUCCCUCCAGAACAUUAUAACCGAUAUCAAAUUAUCAAAUCCAAUUUUUUUUUUGUAAGGAAGCACGAGGAGGACAGCUUUGAUUUCGCCGAUGUCUUUACACAACAUUUAAACGUAAAAAAAAAAAAAGACAAAAAAAAAAUUAAAGCCAUGAUUUUAUUUCGGUUGACGCCGCUGUGGAUGGUAGCUAAAUGUAUGUAUAUUCUUUUUGGAAGUCGCAGCUGCUCUUCGUGUAACAGAAAAGAAAAAAAAACAAUCUCUUGAAACCGCUUUCGUCCAUUCGAUUCUCGUUUCGUGUUCUCUGGACUUUCGUAUACUCGCGCGAUUUUCGUCUCCCUCUCACUUUUUCUAUCGAUUUCAUUUUAUUUUUUUUACAGUAGCGUUGACCUGUCAUAUCCACUGACUGCCCUCCUCUCCGCUUCGUAAUAAUACCGACUUUCCCUUUUAUCCCUGCCGAAAGUUUUGAUUUACAAACAGCAUGUAUAACCUCUAUAUUGCUGUAAUACACUGUUCCAUUCAAUAUGGCCCCCCUUAA